UAUUAGUGCCUUACAUUGUCAUAUUCCAUCCGGGGCCAGCCCCGACCCUUCAUGUCUUCUCACCAACACAGGAUGGGCGACACGGCGUUACCUUCGUCCUCCGGAGAGGGUGGUUCUGGCAUUGGCCUCAGAAACGGCAGUAACCACAACCGAACCGGAAGACCUACCCAGGGUCUAGCGUACAAUCCGCUACGACGGCACCCUAGCAAUUCAAGCCUGUCUUCCGAGAAUGAAGAUGGGAACUCGAGAUCAGAUCCGCACCACUCCCUCACCGGCCCACCGCAGGGAAAUAUCUAUGAGCGAACUUCCGCCCCUGCGAGACUGCUCCCAACUCGCCCUACCGGCCCUGCAAUUCGCGGAUCCUCAGGUUCGGAGGGAACCAGUGACUCCCCCAUCAAACAUGCCCCUAAAGAGCACUGGAUGCAAGCACUAUGUACCAUCUCCCCAAUAGUCAUGAUGGUAGGACUAUUCCUUCUCGGGAUGGCCUUCACCGUAGGCCACUUCUUAUUUUACAAGCACUGGCAGGACCGCGUGGUUAGGGGGAAAUUGGAACAAGAGUACAUUAUACGAGCGGGCACUGCAUUCGCAUUUCUAUCGAAGGCGUCGCUAGCUGGCGCUGUCGUCGUCGCUCACAAGCAGAAUGCAUGGGGCACCGUGCGAAAGAGGGCUAUCACUCUGGAUGGGAUUGACGCGAUGUUUGUUGCGACGACGGACCUUACCUCGUUUUGGAAUUGGGAUAUGCUGAGGAGGGCAAAAGUUGCUAGUACGCUUGCCUUACUGGCUUGGUAUUUUUCUUCCCUUCCAUGGGGGUUCUUAUGGGAUUGCUAAUGAGGAUGACUACUGUAGGUGUAUCCCUAUAUCGGCGAUUAUAACCCCCGGCUCACUCUCCGUGAGCCUUGUCCAGCGACAGUUCAACACUUCAUUGCUUAUCCCCUCCACAAACUUCAGCGAUCCCAUAGGCUUUGUAACAGAACUAACACUUAGUAUCCUCCAAGACAAGACUCGGAAGACGAACGCCCCCGAGGCAAUCGCUGGCGCAACAAUAGGACCAAGCGCAUUCUUGUCCAGGAUCGCCAGUGCAGCUGCUACCAGCGGUGAAAUCCUCCCGAUUAAGCCCCCGCGACAAAAUUGUUCUUAUGUGCACAAAUUCCAUGGGCCCUCUCUCCGGUGCAAAACUGCGGACCUUCGAGCCACGCGGGAAAUCCAGCGGACAAUGGACUACGACAAGUCCGGAAGAAUCCGGUACGCCGCAGUAUAUGAUCCCGAAAUCAUCGGCGACACAUGUAGCAUACUCGUAGGCCUAGCCUACGACACCAUCGACGUUCAAAACCAAACAUACAGCAUCUGCGGACCAAACGGAGGUGGGUGCAUGGCCGGCACCGCCCAGGAAACGAAGCUCGACGAUCCGAACUACGGCCGGGCCUUCUCCUGUGAACUCUUCAACACGUCUUUUGCAGUGAACAUCUCUUUCCAGGAUUCCGUGCAGAAAUUCGGGGUCCGGAAGUUGGAGCAUUUAAGCCCCGUUUCUUGCUCGCCCUUGGGACAACCCACAAUAAAUCCUCGUCCAUCCAAGGAGUGGAAAUCUUCUUACGCGGUCUUCGCUGCUAUGGGUGAAAUACUCGUUGGGAACGUCACAAAGAACCGUUAUGAUGGAUUCGGGGGCUUCAGUCCCGUGUCAUGGGAUACCAAAAUACUCGAGACGACCUUGAUUGGCAGUUCUGAUUUCGCAAGCGUGAAUAUAUCCGACAUCCCGAACGACGUGUACACCGGAUCACUAGCCCGGGGGAUAGAAGAGCUGUCGCGGAACAUCACCCUUAGCCUCCUUAGCUCCAAUAAGUUUGGACAACCGAUAAGGAGCAAAGUACUCGUCACACGGCAGGAAAACAGGUACCUCUUUAACGAGAGGAACUUCUGGCUUGCCUCUGGCAUUGCAGUAUUCGUGACGGUGGGAGCUGUCCUGGUUGGUAUCCUGGCGUACCACACCAAUGGAGUUAGCCUCGAGACAAACUUUUCCACAGUCAUGGCCACAACGCAGUCCGGUGAGAUGCAAGAUCUAGUCCGGGGCGUUGAUGUUGACUCUAGAGAGUUGCAGAAUAUGGUUGGCUGGAGGCGUGCUAGAUUACGGACGCUGGAGAAUGGGGAUCGGAGAUUUGUACUUGAGGGGGAGGCAAAGGGAUAAGAUGUUUUACUCUGUUUUUGGUGUCCUUAUUUUGAACGUUGCAUUAUACCACCAUUCUUUUUUUCUUUUAUCGGCAUAUUAGAGUCAUGGGAUAUCAAUUCCUGGUUAGGUUGGAGCAUCCCGGUUGCCAAAAGUUUAGUUAGAGUUCCCCGUAACACCUGGAACGAGGUUAUGAUGAGUCACGAAUAUUGCGUUAUUGAAUUCUCUUAUUGUACAAGUAUACUUAUCAAGAUACCUGAGUACGGUGCAAUUAGAGAAAAAGAGAAUACACUAGGAAAGCGAGGUUGCUAGCCCUUGGGGGAAAUAGAACUAGUCUAUGGAUUAU